AUGCCAGUCAUACCUUUCCAUCAGAUAGAGAGUGUGCCGACAAUCGCCCUCGUACCUAGGGAGGCCGGAGAACGCAAUUACUGGGUUUUCUUCGUUGUCUUCGGUAGCAUCGUCGGUUUCGCCCUGCUUUCGGCAUUGGCGGGGUUAAUGUCUGCGAGAUAUUGCAGCAAGCACGGCGAUCGAAAAAUCAUCAAGAAGAUAGCAGCUGAGAUCGAAGACACGCAGCAUGCCCAGGUUGCGUCGGCCUCUGCAUCGUCUCGAUCCAGCCUCACUUUGGUGGAGGAUCCUAUCGUCGAGAGGAGACGAGCGGCUAUGGUGCCUCUCGACGCUCCUGUUGGUCUGGAGGAAACAGUUUAUGGAGACAAGAAAAGGUCCAGAAGAAGCAGAGGCCGGAAGAGCUCGACUGCUACGCUUCCAAUCACGUUGGCCACGCUGAGGAAGUGGGCCAAACGGUCUACUCUCAGUGGUGACCACAAUCCAUGGCAACAAUCCAAUCUUACCAGCCCGAUGUCCGGUCUCAGUUCAGCAGAUUCUAUUCCUACCCCUCCGAUUCCUCUGCACUGCAAGACCAGGUGCGAAAUCGGCACCAGCAUGAAUUACGAUGAACCUGAACGGUUGAUCGAAGAUAUUCGAUCCAAGACCAAAGAGAGUAUGAUGACGUGA